CUUUCACUAUACCAUGCAUAUUUUAUUUCUCAAAUCCCCUCAAAAACAAAAUCAUCAGACAUAAAUCUGAUAAACCCACACCCAUGAUCCUCUUCAUGGUCCCAACGUUAAUAAUAACAACAUUGAUUUCAGGUUGUUGGUUAUUUACUCCAGCAGAGGGCGUGAUUGGAAUAAAUUGGGGUCGGCAAACGACUCACAGGUUGAUCCCGUCCAUGGUGGCGGACUUGUUGCUGCAGAAUGACAUUCGUCACUUGAAGCUCUUUAGCAAUAGCAACAAUGUCCUAAAGGCCUUUGCCUCGACUGGCAUUGCCAUCACUGUAACGUUGCCUAAUGAGGCCAUUACCAAUAUUAAAUAUCCCCUCAUGGCCUCUUAUUAUUUGCAAGAGGGGGUUCUUCGCUACAGAAAUCAGAAUGUUGACAUAAGGUGCAUUCACGUUGGAAGUGAACCAUUUUCAACAUAUGCUCUUAAGAAAACGUACGACACUGCUCCAAUUGCAUUGAGAUUGAUUCAAGACGCGAUUGUGGCAAAUGGGUACAAUAACCUAACGGCAACCAUGUCCCACUUCACGGACGUCCUGACCCCCAACAUAUCAAAGCCAUCAGAAGCCGACUUUCGUCCUGAUUUAAAAGAUAAAAUGGUCGAGAUUGUCCGCCUUCUCAACACCAGCAAUGCCCCUUUCGUCAUCAACAUGUUCCCCAUCUACUCUCUCAUGGACCUUAACAUCAACAAUACCGAGUUUGCAUUCAUUGACAACAACUCAAAUUUCACAAUCGAGGAUAACGGCUUGAUCUACAGAAAUGUAUUCGAGUUUGUGUAUGAUUCAGCCCUUCAUGCGCUCGCGAAAGCUGGGUCGCCAGACGGGUACCCGAGCGCGAAUGUUAUGAAUGCUGAGAGGUUUCAUCGAGCAUUUCUGCCUUACAUCAAGAGCAACAAAGGUACCCCACUCCGCCCUGGGAUUUCCAUUGAUGUUUACAUCCACACGCUCGUCGAUGAAAACAAAAAUAGAGUCAACCUUGCUGCUUUUCAACGUCACUGGGGGAUUUAUUGGACUAACGGGCAACCAAAGUACAAGAUCGACUUCAGGGGAAAGGGACGGGACAUCUUCCCAACCACCGCCAAAGGCCUCAUCCGCAUGCCUCAGAGGUGGUGCAUUUAUAACGGGGAUAAGAGCAACCUGACCAAGGUAAAGUUUGAACUCGACCAAGCUUGUGAAAAUGCCGAUUGCACGACUCUUUCCCCGGGAGGUUCUUGUAGCCACCUAGACUUCAACAAGAACGUCUCGUACGCGUUCAACAUGGCCUUCCAGGCCAGUGCACAAGCCGACGACAUUAAGGGGGUGACGUGUGAUUUUGAUGGGCUCGGUGUUUUGGUGCCCAAUGACCCAUCCAAUGGAACGUGUAAGUUCCCGGUUGAGAUUCUAGCGGCGGAGAAAGCGGAUAGGGAUGGGCUCAGCAGUAACCAUGGAGAAAUUACCAAGAAAUUAAGUUUAUCUGAAAUUACGGCAUGGCUAGUAUUGUCUAUGUUAUUCAAUUUCUUAUUGGGGAUUGAUUAG